AUGCCACACCAAGAUAACACAAUACUACCAUCAUCAACUUCCUUCGUCGAUCCAACAACAUACCCUGCUUACAACUUGUCACAAGGAUAUGGCUUUGAAGAUUGGUCUUGGUUACUGGAAAUGACACAUCCAACAGAUGCAGCAUCAUCAAACAUUUCUCCUUUGGUGCCUACGACCAGUGUGAUGAGUAAUAAGAAGCCAUCUUAUGGUGAAUCACAAGCACCAGAUGUCAUUCAUAGCCUUUCUACUGGAUCAAUAUCGUCAUCUUCACUAUCAAGUGAAACACCAUCCACCUAUGACAACCAUUUCAAGCAACCCAUCUUUCGACGACAAUCAUCUUCUUCUUGCACAAGCAGCAGUUCUAGUAGUAACAACAGCAAUGUAAGCACGAGCAGCAGCAGCAACAUGGAUAGCCAUAACAGCAAAAGUGGCAAUGGUGCAGGUAGUAGCAGGGCCCACCCAUGCCCUUUUUGCUCAAGAACCUUUGCACGAAGACAUGAUCUCGAAAGACAUACGCGUGUGCACACUGGUAUCAAACCCUAUGUGUGCCCUUGUUGUUUGAAAGGUUUUCCUCGUUCAGAUGCGCGCGGGCGCCAUUUUCGAAACGAGGCUGCAUGUCAUUUUGGUCCUCAAGUGCUCGCUUGGAUGAAGAGGAAUAUGCGAAACACCCUCUGA